GGAAUUGAGAACAAAAAGAGAAGGGGAAAAAAAGAGAGGACAUAAUAUGAAGAUGUGUGGGCAUAAAGAAGGUAAGAUGGAUGUUUCCAUGACACUGCGGGUGACAGAAUCGGUUCCCCUUUGAAUAAACAAGUGAACAAGAACGAUAGAGGUCUCACUUUCUCUCACUCCAAAGUCUUCUUCUCUCUUCCCUUCUCUGCCUCUCUCCUCUUCUCUCAAAGCCUUUGCCCCGAGACAGACAGAUAAUAACACAUACUUUUCGAAGAAGGAAGCUAAGCAAAAGAAGAAAAGCAAAAGAACUUCAAACGCCCAAGGGAAUGUGUAAAUUUCCCUUCUCUUUUCUCUAAAAUCCUUCCAUUUUCCACUUCCUUCUCUGAAUCCCAAUCUCAGUCUCAUCUCACUCACAGAAGAAGCUUCAUGGGUGGAGUUACUUCUUCCAUGGCUGCUAAAUUCGCCUUCUUCCCUCCUAAUCCACCCUCUUACAAGCUUCUCAAAGACCAACCCACUGGUCUUCUUCUCUUAGAUCCUUUUCCCCACCGCGAAAAUGUCGAUGUCUGGAAGCUCCCCACUCGUAAAGGCAAUGAGAUCGUCGCUGUUUACAUCCGUUACCCUAUGGCUACUUCCACGCUUCUUUAUUCCCAUGGAAAUGCCGCCGAUGUUGGUCAGAUGUACGAGCUCUUCAUUGAACUCAGCAUUCAUUUGCGCGUUAAUAUUCUUGGGUACGAUUAUUCUGGAUAUGGGCAGUCCACUGGAAAGCCUAGCGAGCACAAUACUUAUGCAGAUAUUGAAGCUGCAUACAAGUGUCUUGAGGAGAAGUAUGGUGCUAAACAAGAGGAAAUAAUCCUUUAUGGUCAAUCUGUUGGAAGUGGCCCAACUUUGGACCUUGCUGCACGUUUGCCCCGACUACGAGCAGUUGUCCUGCAUAGUCCUAUAUUGUCAGGAUUGAGAGUCAUGUAUCCAGUGAAACGCACGUACUGGUUUGACAUCUAUAAGAACAUUGAUAAAAUACCAUAUGUUAAGUGCCCUGUGCUGGUAAUUCAUGGAACUUCUGACGACGUUGUUGAUUUCUCUCACGGCAAACAGCUGUGGGAGCUGUGUCAAGAGAAAUAUGAACCCUUGUGGCUGAAAGGGGGAAACCAUUGUGAUCUUGAACUCUUCCCAGAAUACAUCAGGCAUCUCAAGAAAUUUGUAUCCACCGUUGAGAGAUCACCUUCACGAAGGAAUGGUUCAAGGAAAAGCACAGACCGAAUGGAGCAAUCAAGAAGGAGCACGGAUUGUUUCGAGGGCCCAAGAAGGAGCACAGACAGGCGAGAGAAGCCUAGGAAAAGCGUUGAUAGGCUAGACAAAUCGAGACCGCAAGGAUGCAAGUUUGACAACAUUGAGAAGCUAGAGAAACUAAAAAUUUCAAUUGACCAAGUAGAGAGAUCAAGGAGAAGUGUGGAAUUCUAUGAGAAACCGAGAAGAAGCAUCGACCAACAGUUUGAAAAAGCUCGAAAGAGCGUCGAUUGGUUGGAUAGAAUUCGUGCCGGGUAGACCUAGAGAUUGCAUUGGUGAAGGAAGAAGGGCAGUUCCCUGAUAAAAGAAAGGGGUGGUAUACAGAGAAGAAAGUGCUGGGGAUUCUACUUCUAAUUAUUGAUUUCUGAAAAAAUGGGUGUUGGUUUGGGAAACUCCACAAUUCGUAGUCACAUGUUUAUAGUUUGAUACAUGGGAAUUCAUUUCCUUCUACCUUGAUUGUUAAUAGAACAAAAUCAUUGUUGUUAAUCCCCUCAAAAGUCUACCUCUGCUAUCUCUCAUGGACUCUUUCAGCUUAAAUUAUUCCCAUUAAUUUCUCAUGUGUA